AAAUUUAAUUUAUUUUUCUGUUUUUCCGUUUCCUUUUCAGAACCGCAACCUUGUCCCACUUUGCUUGUGGAUAAAUCCUCUUUUUCUGCGCUCUGUCUUCAGAACAAAAAAGUCUUCAUUUUCUUUCUCUCAUCUUAUCAAUUUCUAUUCUCGAGAAAAUCUGAAACAAAACGUAACCGAAUAGCUUUUUUUUUUUGUGAAGAAAAAUUUAUAUUUAAUGGCUGAAACUUUGAUCAAGACAAGCUUGGUUUCUUCUUGGCAUGGAAACAAAAAUCAACAGCUUCAAAGGGCUUCCAUGGUUCCCAAGACUGGUGUCGGAAGUUUUCCAUCUUUGAAGCUGAAAUCUCAGUUUCUCAGAUCUUCUUUUUCAUCUGAGUUUCAUGGCAAAAAGCCUCUCUUUCGUGUAACUAGAUCAAUACCAUCCAAAAGGAUCAAUUCACAGUUUUCAGUUUCAGCUGCUCCUAAGAUGACACUUAGAAUAGGGAAAGCUCAAAAAUGGUGGGAAAAGGGUCUUCAACCUAACAUGAGGGAGGUGACUUCAGCACAAGAUCUUGUAGAUUCACUUUUAAACGCAGGGGACAAACUUGUGAUUGUUGAUUUUUUCUCUCCUGGUUGUGGUGGCUGCAAAGCCCUUCAUCCUAAGAUAUGUCAAUUUGCAGAGAUGAAUCCUGAUGUUGAGUUCCUUUCUGUGAACUAUGAGGAGCAUAAAUCUAUGUGUUACAGUCUUAAUGUUCAUGUCCUUCCGUUUUUCCGGUUCUAUAGAGGCGCUCAGGGUCGAGUAUGCAGCUUUAGCUGCACCAAUGCCACGAUCAAGAAGUUUAGAGAUGCAUUGGCCAAACACACUCCAGAAAGGUGCAGCUUGGGGCCAACCAAAGGGUUAGAGGAGAAAGAGCUCAUAGCUCUAUCCGAAAACAAAGAUCUUUCCUUUACAUACUCGCCUCAACCACUGCCUGUAAAUGAAGAGUUGGGGACCGAAGCUGCACCUGCGAGUUCGGAGUCGAUUCCUCUACCUUCAUUGACAUCGAAUUCUGAAGUGUUGGAGAGAACCCUAACCGGUGCUGGGAGAUGAUGCGGCAGUGUUUGUAUGCAACCGCAUCUUCUGACUUCAUCCUUGUACAGUGUAGGUCUGGUGUAAUAUGAUGAAGCAGUAUAUAUACUUGUGAGAAUGAAGAUAUAUCUUUGAAGAUCAAGUCACAUAGUGUGUAUUCCUCCAAGGCAUUUGGAUUUAUGGUUUUUUGGAUCCAUGCCUUGCUAGUAUUAGGGAAAUUUUAAGCCCGAAGAGUUAUUAGUCUUAGUAUGGUUUCAAAAUAGGUUUGCUGCGAUUGAUGUCUAUGAUCGUCGCAUAUAAUAACAUCAAGGGUUUUGAUGUCUCUGAUGAUCAGUCACAUAUAACAUCAAGGGUUUUGAUGUCUGUCUCUGAUCGCGCUGCAUAUAACCGCGAAUAUCAAAAACUGUAGAGCCUUGCAAGAAUUGCAGAACCUUGAUUAUUAGUUGCUAGUUGCUGUUAUUUUUGUGUGUGUGAGGAAGAAUCCCUAUCAAAUGUUGUAAAAUGAAUGCUAUUUUAUUCAGUAAUGGAUAAUCUUGCUUCUGUUCUA